AUCUGAUUUUUCAGUAACCAUGCAACUGCCUAUACUUUCAACCAUCAAUUCCAUUGACACGUGGCAAAAUUUCAAUUUCAGAUCGGUCUGGUCGCCACGGUCCUCACCGGUUGUGGUAACAUUCAGCUUUUAAAGUGGGUCUAGUGCGGCAUUGCCAGAGUAUGAUUGCUGGGUUAAGUGUAGAUAUGAGGAUCGAUCGCUCAUGCCUAAGCGGGCGGGUGAGAUCUGCGAGAUGCAGUGGGGGUGUGGAGAAGGGACAUGUGAGGGAUCGGCGCCGGCGCUGUCGUAAUCGCGAUGCGGUAGCGAGGUUCGAAGCAAGACGCCUUGUACGUAUAUGCUACGUACUUGAAUCAGUCAAAAAUGAGUGCAACUGGCGACGUAUCAUGGGAGUAUUUGCACUCAGCUUCACCGGCAUCGUUGGCCUGGUGUGAGUUUGUACUUGUGACAGGCAACAUAUCCUAGUAUCAAAUGCGAUUGUGG